CCGGGCGCCUGCCGCGCCCGUCCAGCUUGCCAGCCCGUCGGUCCCCGCGGCGGCGGCGGCGGCGGCGGCUGCGGCCGGGUGACAGCAGCAGCGGCGCCAGGCUGGCUUGGUAGCGGAAGGGUCGCGCGGCCCGCACAACAAACGCAGACCCGGCCGAAACAAGGCGCGACGCGAGGAAGGCCGAGGCGGGCCGCGCGGGAGACCGCGGGCGCCGAGUGACAGGCCGGCGUGAGGGAGUGCGCAGGUUGCAGCCGCCGGCGGCCCCUACCCACCGGUCCCCUCGGCCGUCGCCGGCAUGAGCCACAUCCAGAUCCCGCCGGGGCUCACGGAGCUGCUGCAGGGCUACACUGUGGAGGUGCUGCGGCAGCAGCCGCCCGACCUCGUCGACUUCGCGGUGGAGUACUUCACACGCCUGCGCGAGGCCCGCGCCCAGGAUUCAGACACGCUCAUCGCCACCCCGACGACCUUUCACACGCAGGAGUCCAGCGCGGUCGCCACCAUCGAGGAGGACGGGGAGAGUGACUCCGACUCGGACGAUCUGGAUCUGGAAGUUCCGGCUCCUAGCAGAUUUACUAGACGAGUAUCAGUCUGUGCAGAAACCUAUAACCCUGAUGAAGAAGAGGAAGAUACUGAUCCAAGGGUGGUUCAUCCCAAAACUGAUGAGCAGAGAUGUCGGCUUCAGGAAGCUUGCAAAGAUAUUCUUCUUUUCAAAAACCUUGAUCAGGAGCAGCUCUCUCAAGUCCUCGACGCCAUGUUUGAAAAGAUAGUCAAAAUUGAUGAACACGUCAUUGACCAAGGAGAUGAUGGAGACAACUUUUAUGUCAUAGAACGGGGAACCUAUGACAUUUUAGUAACAAAAGAUAAUCAAACACGUUGUGUUGGUCAGUAUGACAACCGUGGCAGUUUUGGAGAACUAGCUCUGAUGUACAAUACCCCGAGAGCUGCUACCAUUGUCGCCACCUCAGAAGGCGCCCUUUGGGGAUUGGACCGGCUGACUUUUAGAAGAAUCAUAGUGAAAAACAAUGCAAAAAAGAGGAAGAUGUUUGAAUCAUUUAUUGAAUCUGUGCCACUCUUUAAAUCACUAGAGAUGUCAGAACGAAUGAAGAUUGUGGAUGUGAUCGGAGAAAAGGUCUAUAAGGAUGGAGAGCGAAUAAUCACUCAGGGUGAGAAGGCUGACAGCUUUUAUAUUAUAGAGUCCGGGGAAGUGAGCAUCUUGAUUAAAAGCAAGACUAAAAUGAACAAGAAUGGUGGGAACCAGGAGGUUGAGAUUGCCCACUGCCAUAAGGGGCAGUACUUUGGAGAGCUUGCACUGGUCACCAACAAACCCAGAGCUGCUUCUGCCUAUGCGGUUGGAGAUGUCAAAUGCUUAGUUAUGGAUGUUCAAGCAUUUGAGAGGCUUCUGGGACCAUGCAUGGACAUCAUGAAGAGGAACAUCUCACACUACGAAGAGCAGCUGGUGAAGAUGUUUGGCUCCAACUUAGAUCUGAUGGACCCUGGGAAGUAGAUGUGACGAUUCCCAGAGCCUUCUCAGUGUGACACCAAACCUUCCAGUCAGCCACAGAACACACACAGAAAACAGACACGACAGAGCCGUUCCUGCUGCUGUCACCGCCGCUGCCAUUGCUGUGGUUAAGGGCAUUUAGAAAUCUUGAGAGUCAGCACUGAAAGAUGGACGGAGGCCCCACCCCCACCUCCACUUUGCUUCUGAAAGCCCAUCAUUAGACCACUUACGUAACAAUUUACUUCAACCCAGGUUUCACAUCUUUGGUUCAGAAUGGCCUGUCUCUCCAGCAAUUUAAGUGCCUGAUACAAAGUCCAAAGUGUAAACAUCCUUUCCUCUCUUGCUGCUAAUGUUGCUUCUGAAAGUUACCCUAAGGUCUGCAGAACCUCCACAGUCCUUCUCAAGGGAGGAAAUGGUACAGCCUUCAGUCUCCUCAUUUGUCUUUUGAGAAAGUUCACAGCAUGUUCAUAAUUGCUGCCUUCGCUUCCCAGUAGAAGAUGGUAGCAGUUAUAAUGGAGGUCUGUGCCCCAGUGGUCCUGUACUAUUUGCUGGCAGCUACACAACAUAUAGCUGUGUCCAAGCCCAUAGUGAUGCUCAGAAAAAGGCCUCUUGAAGGCCCAGCAGGUCCAUACAGAGCAGACUGAUAACUUAGAUUCACCUUAGCAAGAAACUUGGACUCAGCACUCUUGCCAGUAGCAGAGAGCCAGGAAAGGUUAUCUGGGUUAGCGUUUUUGUUGUUUGUUCUUAGCAAGUUUUGUUUAACCUCUGUGCAGCUUGCAUAAACAAAUUGCUGCCAUUUUCUAAGGCAUCAGGAGUAGCUGGUUAGCUCAGCUGGCUAGAGCAUGGUGCUGAUACAAGGAGCCAGGAUCUGGAGGUGUCAUCGCUUUAUCUGACCUUUAGUUCCCUGAGCGCCCCUUGCCCGUCUUGUUCGCAGUUGCUCCGCUGGCUGAUGACUAUGGCUGGCAGGAGGCUGUGCUGCAUAGAGUCCUUCUUCUCCUUCCAGCAUUGUCGCAUAGCUUGGCUAGGAAUCAUCACUUUUGAAAAGAAACUAAUUUUUUUAAGGGAAUUAUUUCUCUAUUUAGGGAAUUCAUCUUGGACAUAUCCAUAUAUACAUGGAGUUUGUCAGCUGACUCAUACUUUUGUCCUAAGUAUCUGUUUUCAAAACUUGGUAUCACUGGGGAAGGGGGUGGGCAUGGCUCACUGGCAAAGCAGGUAUGUAGUGUGUGCAAAGCCUUGGGUUUGAUCUCCAGCACUGUACUAACCACAGAAAGAAAGGUUGCCAUUUAUAAAAUUAGACUUACUGUGAAGGCCUUUCUAACUGUCUCUCUCAGCUUUUGCCAUGGUCACUGAAGCCAAGAAAUGUCCAGAAUAGAUGAAUCACCACAAUUUUAGAAAUUACUAACUUUUUCUUGUGUUCUAUGAAGUAAAGCAGGACUCUUCAGACUGCCCUAAGUAGCCUGUGUUACAGUUCUGGAAAUUGUACAGCUGUAACUACUACUCCAAAGCAGGCAGCUAGCACUGGAAAACCUUUGUGGUGAUCCCAAAUUUUCCUAAGGUCCUUUUCUAUGGUAUUACUUUAUUAAAAAAUCAAACCUUGUACUUUGACCGAAUAACACCUGGUUCUUGUAAAGGUAAGAGGUGCACUGGGCUCCAGGAGCAGCCCAAAAGUCUAGCUCCCAGACCUUAGAAGAACUCUGAACCCCCAUGCCAGCAUGGGUUAGGACUGGUUGUGAAUCUCAUGCCAGAGUUAUGCCUGCAGGCUGCUAGGGGUGGGCGUUCUCAGCCUGCCCUCACAUCCCAGUCUAGUCUUCAGAGCCCCCCUUGUCCCCUGUCCUGCCACACUGAUGGCUGCUCUUUUACAGGGUAGAAGUCAUCAGGUGUGAGUUCUGCUCUAACUACUGAUUGAGCCCUCACUGCAGUGUGACCCCUGUGUCUGCAGAAGGGACUUGUUGUUAAAGGAACUAGUGCAGGUGACGAAAGGCUGUUACCACAGUGCCAGGACCUGACAGUGUUCCAUUCUCUUUGCAGCUUAGAGAGUCAAAGGUGACAGAGCAGGUGUUACUCAAGGUCUCAGUGUUCUUGUGCCAGCAGCCUCUACAGCCAAACCCCACCCGGGGGAGAGCCAGAUCCCUCUAUUAGCGCAUCUCUUCUGAGGAUUAGAGCUCCCCCCUCUUCCUGGCUUUGCUAUUGACUUUGGCUGAUAGAGAAUAGUCCUCAGAGCCUCGAGGUCCAACUGCAGUAUUUUCCUUCCUUUCUGUCCCCAGCUUUGCCUACUCACUCUUCUCUUGAUUGAAUUCUCUGCAGGAUGGGCUCUUGUGUUCUUGUCCUGAGUUCAUACUCUUCAUCAAGAAUUCUGUGUCCCUGAUACAGAGUCUCAGAAACCAGCGUUGAGCUUUUCUCUAAGCAGCAUAGUGAGCAAAUUCAGCAGCAAAGUGGCAAAAAAGAAAGUUCUCCAGCUGGAGAGAUUGUGUUCACCCCCAUUCCCCGGAUUCCCUGCUGGUGGUAGUGGAGCCCAUAGGUGCUGUUGGUGCCCUGGACACACAGCAUUUUGUGGCGUGUCACGGCCUUCAUUUUAAAAAGAUGAAAGCAUUUUGCACAGAGAAAGAAAAGGACCCAUGAAUGUCAUCUUUUAUCUUUCUCAGUCAGUUGACAUUGGAGUUUUUGUUUUUGAUACGCAUUUGUAAGCCAAUCUCGCCAAGUUAUGGGUUGUGUUGAUUUUUCACUACGAUUACCUCUUGUUCCUCCUGUCUUGACUGCUGACGUUCCUCUGAUUCUAAUGUCUAUUUUAUGGGAAGCAGCCUUCCCAGGGGUUUCCUAUUACACACUGCAGGGCUAUCUUUAUACUUAAAAAAAUGGGGAUUUGCAGAAAACCAUUUAGCCCACCUUGAGCAAGGGUUAGAUUCCUUGGUUUUUGUUGUUGUUUUGUUUUUAAUUCAUUGUAAUAAAAAAAUCCAAUUAAGCGUUAUUGUGCUACCUCAAAGGUAAAAUAUUCUAAGGUCAUCUUUUGGUCCUGAGUUCUAUACAUGGUGUUUGAAAUGUCUUUCAAUUGGAAUUAUUUUUUAAAUUGUUGGGAUGAAUCUUAUUUUAACCUGUUUUACACUUGUGUUUUAAUCUCAAUAUAUAUGAUUGGAAAGCAAACAAUUCUUGAUCUAUGGUAGUGAACAUAAAAUUAAAAGUCACUGAGAAUUAAUCAUUGUUUGCUAUAAACAAGGUUGAAGGUUUUUUUGUUUUGUUUUUAAAGGAAACUCUAGGGCUUGGCUUCACUCUUGAUUAAUAAAGGCUGACAAAUCA